UUCUGCAAGAGACUCGUUUUUGGUGCAUCCCAGUACAGAAAUCCCGAAAUGCUUCCUGGAUCGAAAAAAAACAUAAGAAACACACGCAAGUCAUUCACCCCGGCCGGCGGGCGUGCUGACAUGCCCACAGCUUUCAAAUUACUCACAUCCUGUAUGAAAAGGAGUACAAUUCGUCUUCUAUUAUGUCUUUAUUGCCUGAUACAACAGAUUACUAUGUGUUAACUCGUGGAAUUAUUUUGGUGAAUAAUAUAAAUCUCAUAUUUAUUAAUGCCAAAUGCGCACGUGUUAAAUUGAACACGGCACACACGACAGAGAUAGCUUGUGCAGUAGCGACUUGAACAAAGUUGGCUCUGUGUUUUUACAAAUUGGUGCAGGAAGCCGUUUUGGCCUAUAGCCUGUUGGGACAAGGUUGAUAGUCGCUUGCGGACCGGUUCUACCCAGGCCUUUUGUGCAUUGAGUCAUGCGGCGGCGGUAGACGACUGGCGGCGGCGGCGGCGGCGGCGGGCCAGUGCGUGUGAAACAGUUGCCGCCUGCUAGUGAGGAGUAGCGCGUGGAGCGCUCGCGACGUACCCCCGCGCACGCACAGACAUCGCACCCGGCGUACUACACCGUUCCCGACUACUUGGACCUCCUCACAUACAGGAUAGGUGCCUAAUAAUAAUUCGCGGUAACCACAUUCUUAUCAAAACCCCAGUUCCGCUUCACCUACCGCUGAACAUUAAGUGGAACAUUUAAAUGUGACGAAUAUUUUAACCUUCCGCGUUAACUAGAAGAUUUAAUGAAUGGAAAAAAGAAAAGUAACAAACAACGUGUAGACCUAGUUUACCGUACUGUGCUAGCGAGCGGUUAUCAGUCGGAGCCGCCGGUCUGACCCACAUCCCAUGGUGAUCAGGUCUCACACGUGGUGUUUCGCGCCUCCACUGCCUGUAGUGAUGCAAUGUUUGUAUGGUCUAACCUCAUCGCGCGGGCGCCGUAACAGGUGAUUCUUAUGGAAGCGUUGAUAGUGACUUAGUGAAGAUUCUAAUUGUGUUUACUUAGUGACUGAUAACUGAUAAGUAAAAUGGCGAAAGUGACGUCGACGGAAGGCUUGACGCCGAAGGUGAUGGAUAUGGGUGGUGAAGAAGUGGACAAUGCGGAAGAUGCGUCUCGAGAGGGGGUGCACCUGAAGAAGGAGUUGAGUCUGAUGAACGGGGUGGCGAUCAUCGUGGGGGUGAUCGUGGGCUCGGGCAUCUUCGUGUCGCCGAGCCUGGCGCUCAAGUACUCGGGCUCCAAGGGCAUGGCGCUGCUAGUGUGGGUGCUGUCCGGUUUCCUCUCGAUGAUUGGGGCGCUCUGCUACGCCGAGCUGGGCACAAUGAUCCCGAAGUCGGGCGGCGACUACGCGUACAUCGGCGAGGCGUUCGGCGCCCUACCCUCGUUCCUGUACCUGUGGGUGGCGCUGUUCAUCCUGGUGCCGACGGGCAACGCCAUCACGGCGCUCACCUUCGCGCAGAAUAUCCUCAAGCCGCUCUGGCCGGCCUGCGAGCCGCCCGCUGAUGCCGUCAGUUUGAUAGCUGCUUUUAUCACUUGUCUCCUAACCCUCAUAAACUGCUACAACGUGAAAUGGGUGACACGUCUGCAAGAUUCCUUCACCUUGGCCAAGAUCCUGGCUCUCCUGGUGACCUUCUUCGCCAGUCUCUGGUACCUGUUCUCAGGACACACGGAGAACCUUCAGUCUAUGAUGACGGGGACGAAUACUUCGCCGAGCGCCAUCGCUAUUGCAUUCUACACGGGACUGUUCUCGUAUUCUGGAUGGAAUUAUCUGAACUUCGUCACUGAAGAGCUGAAGGAGCCUUACAGGAACCUACCACGAGCGAUCUGCAUCUCCAUGCCAGUAGUGACCCUGGUCUACGCACUCACAAAUGUGGCAUACUUCGCCGUUCUGACCAAUGACGAGAUCCGGUCUUCCGAGGCCGUCGCCGUCACGUUCAGCGAGAAAAUCCUCGGAGUCAUGUCCUGGAUCAUGCCCCUGUUUGUCGCUUUAUGCACCUUCGGGUCAUUGAACGGGGCGAUCUACGCGUCUUCUAGAUUGUUCUUCGUUGGCGCCCGGAAUGGACACCUCCCAUUGGCUAUCUCGCUCAUUGAUGUCAAGCGGCUCACUCCGGUGCCAUCUUUGAUUUUCAUGUGCCUGGUGACACUUCUGCUGCUGAUGUCCAACAACGUGGAGUCCCUGAUUGUGUGCGUGACGGCGGUGGAGGCGCUGUUCACGCUCUGCUCCGUCAGCGGCCUGCUGUGGAUGCGGUACUCGCGCCCCGACCUCGUGCGGCCCAUACGAGUCAGCCUCGUGUUGCCCAUUGCCUUCUCCAUCAUCUGCAUAUUCCUGGUCGUCCUCUCGUGCUUCACCCAUCCGGUGGAAUUGGGAAUUGGGAUCCUGUUUAUAGUGUUGGGCGUUCCCGUGUACGGAGUAUUUAUCAAAUGGCAGAACAAGCCGGCCUGGCUCGACCACGCCUGCAACUCGUUCACGACGACAUGUUCGAAGCUGUUCCUGUGCGUCCCCGAAGACGCUAAGGACUUAUGAUGUUAUAGAACAUCUUUUGUACUGGCUGUGCUUUGACGUUUGUUUUUUUUUACACUCAAUCUCUGUUGGAUCUUCGUAAUUUAAGUCGAUAUUUAUUUUACUGACCGCUUCUGCUUUUAGCGUAAUGGAAACGUGAUCUGUUACUGUGGUCCAUACUUGCUAAUGGUUGUCUAUGACUGUAGUACACACAUUCCGUCAAUAACGCAUUGACAAUAUUCCUAUGCAAUUAGGUGAAUUGUAAUAUAAGUGUAGCGUUAAUCUUAAUAAUUUACCUAAUAAAACGGUAAGAAUA